AAACCAUGGGUUGGCAGUCGUGUCGCCGACAUUUUGUGCGACAGUUACGUUGCUGUGGCGAUCGACAAAUUUGUGGAUUUUGCUGAAUGUUACUGAAAGGGCGAACUGUGCGAUGCGGAUUUGCGCGAUAACGCGUCGUCGGCCGUCACGUACGUUCGUUGAAUUUCCGCGAUUGAAUGCUCGUUAACUGGGGCAAUUCCCGUCCACCGUAAUCGAAGAUUCAGUGGAAAUCCAAGCAUAAUGUCUGCAACAUCCAAACGUAUUACUCGUCUGAGAUCUCGCCAAGUGGUCUCGUCGGUGAGAACUGUACCUGCAAGGAAGGUCCAACCUAAAAAAGUUGUCAACAGAAACUUAAAGAAGGUUGACGUUAGUACAAAGGACGAAAGUUUAGAGGCGCCUAAGAGAAGUGUAUCUCCUCCGAAAAUCAGUCAAGCGUCACCGAUACGUUUACGUCCCCGUCGAAAUAGAAAAAACUACUGCGAGGACUCCAAGUUGUUGCAGCAGCACAUUUCGCCGAAGCAACGCGACAGUCUGGUAAUGGUGGAGAAGCUGGAUUUAAAAGCUAGCAGAAAGGUGCCUGUGUACAAAACCAUGCACGUUUCUGAGAAAAGUUCAGAAGAUGACGUGUAUGACUAUAAGUUUGACAUUAAUGAUGAGAGGGAGAAAGCUACCAAGAAAAAGAAAAACAGAGGGACAGGCAAAGUGAAGAAAACAACGCGUAAGAAGGUUACAAAGUCAAAAGCAACUGGUUGUGAGACAAUUAAAUUGCCUGAGCCUGAUGCGAGUCUUUCUGUAAAGAUCGUGCAGAACGAUCCUCCUUUAGUAACAAAAGAAAAUAUCACGAAGAAAAUUGAAACGUUGAAAGCAGAUGUUCAGGCGCAAAAGAAAUCGGCAAACAAAGAUAUUGGAGAAGAGAUUGAACCACCGAGAAUAGAAAUUCAGACGGUAGAAGAAUCGGCAGAAAGUAUCGUGGAAAUCGUGGAGACUUCAAGGGCAGAUACAACCAAUGUUGGAGCUGUAGAAGAAACAACUUCGGGACUAUCUGACAGAAAAUUGGAAAACGUUAAAAAGAAAGACAUAAACAAGCCAAAAAUUGUGUCUAUUGAAAAUGCAAAUAAUAUAAGAGUUGUUGCAUCUGCACCUAAUACUGAACCAGAUUCACAGCCCUUUCGGGCAAGUAAUAUAUUUGAUAAUAAGACGCCGUUAAUGGAAUGCAACAGUACAUUGAAAGGUUCCUUAUUAACGAAAACUUUGUCUCCCAUCCUGAAGAUGGGAUCUGCAAGUACCUUGGGCCAUGCGAGUCCUUGGCGACCAUCAACAUUAAUGUUUUCUCGCACUAAACACUUUAUUCAGAGUACGCCGUACAAGAAUUGUGAAACGCACAAAGAAAAUAAAGAAAUAAAUAAAAAGAGCGUGGAAACGGAUAAGGAGAACAUGGAAAUGGAUAAGGAAAAUAUGGAUACGAAUAAGGAAAAUAAGAACGGAAAAGAUAACGAAAGAAAAAAGACCGGUCUGCGCAAGAAGCGUGUAAUUCAGAGGAAAUUACCGAAUUCAGAGAAUCAGGCUCCGAAGAAAAUUCGAGCGGCAGUUGCAAGCAAGUCUGUUGCACAACCAGUACCUGCCAGAGUGUCCCUAGGGGAAAUCAAGAAUUUAUUACAAAGACUAAAUGUUAACGGAGAUAAAAAACACGCGGCAGAUCAAACCCAUACUGAAAUCGCUGAAUUACACGUGGAGGAAACGAAUAAACUUGCGCACUCAAACACCUUUUCCGAUACAUUUGAUGUCUUGUCCGAAACUGAGAGAUUAUCAAACGUUGGAAAUGAUAAUCCCUUAUUUGUGGAUUUAGAGCCCACACGUUUUUCAGAGCCGCCCCGGUAUUCCUACGGGAGAAAACGUGCUGUCAAGUUUGAUCUUUUAGAAGAAAACAGUGAAGAGAAGGAAGAAGAUGAUGUCCAACCAUGUACUAAAAAAAAGAAGCUCACAAAAUCCAAAAAGGAACAGGAUAAGAGAAUAAACGAAUGGGUGAAAACGAUUAAUAAUACCUUUCAAGAAAUCGAGGAAUAUGAUUUGAUAAUUGAGUAGUGUAGAAAAUGGAUUUUUAUUGCAUAUACUUAAAUAUUCUAGAAGACCUGAAAAAGUUCAAAGCUGCAAAUAAACACACGAGUGGUUGUUCUCUCAUUUUUUAAAUUAUAUUCAAAAUUAUUUAUGAUAUUUAAUCUCAACAUUUAACCUCACAUCUCACCUUUAUAUUCUUUAAUGUAUAUUUUUUACGCACAUUUGUUAUUUACAAGAGAAAAUAUAAUUUUAAGUA